AUGGCGUAUAAGAUUCUCGCCUCUCUGCCCCGGUCAAGUCUGGCGGUGCUUCAAUCGCGGAUUGCCCCUCUCCUUAAGCUAGACAUUGUCGGGCUCCUGCCCACAGAGAUAGCCCUCUGUGUCUUCGCCUACCUUCCCUACCAGUCGCUCCUGACGUGCGCACUCGUCUGUCGACGCUGGCACGCUCUUGCGGGCGACCAGUCGUUGUGGAAAAGCCUCUGUCUGGAACGGCAAUGGGAGUGGCGCUCAGCUCCGGAUGCUUUCAAGCUUGAGCGCGACCGAUGUUCCGAAUCGCGCGGAGUGGAAUUCGAAUCAGACUCAGAUGACGAGGGCAUGGGUGAUGAAGAAGACGACGACGAGAUCGUACCGGCAGACGACUCUGGCAUCGUGUCUAUGGACAUCGACCCACCCCCAUCCCCACUCGCGGCGGCAUCUACCACCAACCCUACCCGCCUCUCCGUGCCUACACACAUUCUCACCUCCACCCCCGGUGCCGGGCCGUCUUCACCAGUACGUCCUGUACGUCCGCGCACACGCCAUUCUGCCCCUACGGUAAUGCAAUCACUCGCGAACGGAAGGCACGCGCACCUCAAAGCCGACUACAAACUCCUUCACCAGACCCACAUUCGCCUCAGAAAACGCUUUACUAUGGGCUCCUACACCCUUUCGAACCUGCAAACACGCGGAGCGCCGAACUCGCAUUCGAACACGAUCUACUGCCUCCAGCUGUACACGUACCCUGAGACCGGGAACCAAGUACUCUUUACGGGCUCCAAGGACCGUACUAUCCGCGAAUGGGACCUGGCCACGGGUGCAGUCGUGCGAGUUCUCGAGGGCGUCCACGAGAGCAGUGUAUUGAGCAUCUGUGUGCACCGCGGCCUCCUCGCGAGCGCAAGCAGCGAUCGGAGCGUCGUUGUAUGGGACCUGAUGAAGAACGCGCCGACCAGGAUCAUCCGGGACCACGUGGACAGCGUCCUGUGCGUCCGUUUCGACGACAAGCGACUCGUGUCUUGUUCCAAGGACCGAACUGUUCGGACAUACCUCUUCCCCGACCUCCGUCCGCAACACGUCUUGAACGCGCACCGGGCUGCGGUUAAUGCCGUGUCGAUUUCCCACAAUCAUAUAAUCUCAGUCUCGGGGGACCGAUCCCUACGGCUAUGGGAUGCUGACACCGGUGCACUUCUCCGCACAUUUGAGAACCACCAUCGUCGGGGUAUCGCCUCCAUCGACUUCAAGUAUCCAUUCGUGCUGUCCGGCUCCUCCGAUAAACACAUUCGCCUCCUCGAUGUCUCUACCCUGCAGGGCUGGUCGACGUCUCCAUCUGGCGAGAAACCUCCGUCGGUGACACCCGCCGCUACGUGUGACGCGUGCGGCGCGAGCUCGUCAACAAUCGACGGCACGCCACAGACGCCUCUUCGAAGGCGUGCGCACGAGGACCUUGUUCGGAGCGUGGCGCUCAGCGACGACCUCGUCGUGAGUGGCAGUUACGAUUUCACGGUUAAGGUCUGGGACCGUAAGACGGGUGCGCUCAUUGCCGACCUCGCUGGUGGACAUACCGGAAGAAUUUUCUGCGUAGGCUUUGAUAGCGCCAAGAUUGUUUCUUGUGGUGAGGACCAGCGGAUAUGUAUUUGGGACUUCUCCCACGGGAUCGACACCACAUUCAUCAAGCUCUAG